AUGGAUCCUAAUCCACCACGAGCACCGACUUAUGAGGAACAGAUUACACAGGGAGUGGCUCUGGGGAUGUCAGAGUCCAUUCAGGUGAUGUUUCGCCAGCACAUUGCAGGGAUGCAGAUUCUGGUACCGGCACCAGCACCGACACCAAUUGUUAAUGAGGCAUUGGACUACUUCAUGAAGUUACAGCGGGUUAAGAUCAACCAGUUUAUAGGGAAUAUGGAUCCGCUUGCUUCAGAGGCUUGGUUUGAUCUCAUGGUACGCAAGCUCGAUAACAUGGGAGUACCUACAGACCGAUUGAGGAUCUCCUUGACAGCUUUUAUGUUUAUGGGAGAUGCCGAUAUCUGGUGGAAGUCUAUGACCAAUAUCCACAAUAUGAAGGUGAUGACAUGGGAGGAGUUCAGGACAUUGUUCUUCGACUGCUUCUUUCCUUGGGCUAUGAGGCAGGACAUGAGAGUGCAGUUCACAGUAUUGGAUUUGAGGACCUACGAAGAGGUGGUCCAGAGAGCAAUUUUGGUUGAGGGACAGUCACAUCAGGCUCAGUCUGAACCCACAGUUCCUGUUUCCUCGGGGAAGUUGAUUUGUCACCACUGUCAGCAGCUAGGGCACAUUAAGCCUCGCUACCCACAAUUGCAGUCUCAGGGCAGCCGUUCUCAGGCGAGUAAGUCUUUAGCUUUGACGCAGGGGCUCAGGGAGCUUGUAAUUACUAUAAGUAGCCUGAACAUUUCAAGAGGGAGUGUCCACGCCUACAGAACAGAGCACAGGGUGGCACUGGUUCACAGGCCACACCAGCAUAGUUUGCAGUUGUGCAGUCAGGUUUCAGGGUGCCUCAGGCACCACAGUCAGUGGCGCCAUCAGUUGGUUCUUAUCCGGGUAGGGGUUUUACGCCUACUGCUUCUGGACAUCAGUUGGGCCACCAGGGGUUGUGCUAUCGAGAUAGCUGGGCGGACUUUAGAGUUCAAUUUCAUCAUUUUUGAUAUGACGAGCUUUGAUGUCAUUCUUGGGAUGGACUGGUUAUCAUUCUUUCGUGCAACGAUUGAUUGCUUCCGUGGCCUGUUAGCUGACGAGGACAGUAGUUCAGGCCGUGUUUUUUUGGCAGUUGUAGGCGAGUUUCUGGGUGUCUUUUCGGAGGAGUUGACGGAGCUUCCUCCUCUUUGGGAAGUUGUCUUUGCCAUCGACGUCAUUCCUGGUACUGCGCCGAUCUUUAUGGCACCGGCAGAGCUUGAUGAAUUAAAAGGAGUUGUGCGUGCCAGUGGAUGGGCGGAUAUCUAUAGAGUCCCUUCCUUGUUGAGAGUCUUUGGAGUCGAUUUGGUUAGGAUUAGUUGGCUUACUCCUGUGAAAGGAGGUGAAGCCCUAGUUCUGGUGGCGUUUGUUCCGGAUUCGGAACCAUUCAAGUAUAGGAUGUGGGUUGUUGAGGAAACAUUAGGUUUCUCUUAG